UGCACAAUAACACGAGAAUCUAUUAAGCCUUUCAUUGCCAACAAAAAUCUGUUAAAGGCUAUUCCUCCACUAGCUCCGGUCAGCGUUGUCCGACAUGGCGCCUAAUGUGUUAAGAAUAAAUGCCACGACAGGUGUGCUCUAAGCCUUACAUUACAAGCAAUCAUCGUUUGGCAUAUAUAUAUGCAGCCCGUAAGUGCUGAGCGGUAAACUGGCAGAGUUAAUUGAACACAUCAUGCUCUGGCGCUGCAGUGUGCUGGUGAUCGCCGCCUGCUUCUCGUUUGACAUCGUCUCCUCUCAUAAGUUGAGAUGUAAUGUGCGCAUGCGUAUUGAAUCUGGAUGGGUCUGCGGCCUGCGCAGACGAGGAGAAUACAACACCGAGUACGCCAGCUUCAGGGGCAUUCCGUAUGGCCGGCAACCACUGGGGGAGCUGCGGUUUAAGGAACUCCAGCCAGUGAAGCCGUGGCAUCAUCAUUUAGAUGCCACAGAGGAAGGACCCAUAUGUCCUCAGCAUGAUGAGGUGUACGGACGUUUGGUCGCUCCCAAAAGGGGUAUGAGUGAAUCGUGCAUCUACGCCAACGUCCAUGUACCUAUGAAAGCUCUUUCAGUCGUGAGAAGUACUGACGAGUACGAAUAUAAGGACUGGGACAGACAUGGGCACAAAAAGGGCAUUCCUAUUUUAGUUUUCAUUCAUGGCGGGGGCUUUCAAUCAGGAUCAGGAGACACUGACGUUCACGGACCAGAGUACCUCGUCAGCAAAGGGAUAAUUGUGAUCACUUUCAAUUAUAGGAUCAACGUGUUUGGCUUUCUUUCGCUGAACACUCCCAAGAUACCUGGCAAUGCGGGUCUCAGAGACCAGGUGACGCUGCUGCGUUGGGUUCAGCGAAAUGCGAGAGCUUUUGGUGGAGACCCGACCGAUGUAACGCUGGCGGGACAGAGCGCUGGGGCAGCCUGCGCCCAUUUACUGUCUCUGUCAAACGCCACUAAGGGACUUUUUAAGAGGGUUAUAAUAAUGAGUGGUACUGCCGUACCGUCGUUUUAUGCAGCUUCACCGAUUUACGCAAAACAGGCUGCUACCAGAUUUUUAACGCUCUUGGGAAUCAACUCUACAGAUCCGGACCUCAUCCAUGACCAACUUGUUAAAACUCCACUCGAAGACAUUUUAAAAGCUAACUCCGAGUACCAAUUUGAGAGCGGACUAGUCUCCUUUGUACCUGUGAGGGAAGAUAAACAACUAGAAAUUGAGAGAAUUGUAGACGAUGAUCCAAUCACACUCAUGGAGCAAGGUCGAGGGAAAGAAUAUCCAAUGAUCGUUGGUUUCACUGACAACGAGUGCGAAUUUUUCAAGAGAAGAUUUUUACACUUUGAUGUUUUGGGUCGGAUAAAAGCUAACCCACUGGUGAUUUUAAGAAGCGAGAUUCCAUUUACGACGCUUCCUAAUGUGACACUCGCAUUGGCCAAUAAAGUGAUUGAUCGGUACUUCCACGGAAAUCUAAAUAUAGAUGACUAUUUGGAAGUAUGCAGAGACACAUUGUUUAUGUAUCCAGCGUUUAAAAUAGUUCAGUGGAGAGCUAGAAUGCACGAUGCAGCACCAGUCUACUUGUACCAGUUCGCUUACCAGGCUGACUUCAACGCGGUGAAAGUAGGUCUCAACUUGCAGUACAACGGCACAGCUCAUGUUGAAGACCUCACUAACAUUUUCCGCGAGAAUGCACUCCUCGAUGACAGGCAGACUUUCCCUCCCGUCAGUAGGGACGACUCCAUGAAGGAUUGGAUGACUCAAUUUGUGGUUGACUUCAUGCAUUGCAAUAAGCCUUCCUGCUCCGAGCCGGGCUGGUAUCCAGUGCAGGCAGAUCACUAUAACUAUGAGAACAUCCAGGAACCGACAGUACAUGACAACGUACUGCCGAACGAGUAUCAACAACACACAAUCAAGUUUUUCGACGUGAUCGAACAAAUUGCAAGGGACUCCUCACUGGACACUUCCACAACGACUACCGGAUAGAUGAUAAAAAUAAUGACAAGUAUCAGGCGAAGCUAUGUACAAUUUGUACAUCUGAUCAAGUUCAAUAAGUUUAAUAAUAUUGAUUGUUUUGGAAGUUUGUUGAUAUUUUUUCACUUUACUUUUCUGCUAACAAGUUUGUAAUUUACCCAUAUUAGUAAAUAAAUAAUUUGGAUUU